AUGUCACAACUUUUCACAUCUUCGACAAUACCGCUAAGUUUUGAAACGCAUGACGGACAUAACACAUAUAAUCACCGUAAACCUCCACCGACAGGAAAUGACCCGUUUGAGGAAGUAGAAGGGGUCCCACUUUGGCAAUAUAUGCUAGCCGGUGGGCUAGGAGGAGUAGUUGGUGAUAGUUCUAUGCAUCCCUUGGACACUGUCAAAACCCGUCAACAAGGAUUCCCAUACAAUAAAAAAUACAAGAAUAUGAUACCUGCGUUUAGAACGAUACUAAAAGAUGAAGGAUUUUUCCGAGGUCUAUAUGGUGGGUAUAGUCCAGCAGUUUUAGGUUCGUUCCCAUCAACGGCUGCGUUUUUUGGUACUUAUGAAUUCACCAAACGAAAAUUGAUUGACGACUUUGGCAUCAAUGAAACGCUAUCGUACUUUACCGCUGGAUUGUUGGGUGACUUGGCAUCCAGUAUAUUUUAUGUCCCUUCGGAGGUGUUGAAAACGAGGUUGCAGUUACAGGGUAGGUACAAUAACCCAUAUACAAAAGAGUGUGGAUACAAUUAUCGUGGUCUAUGGAAUGCCGUAGCCACCAUAUACCGUAAAGAAGGGUUGCGAACAUUCUUCUUUGGAUAUAAGGAGACGCUAUUUAGAGAUCUACCAUUCAGUGCAUUACAAUUGUCCUUUUACGAGCGAUUUCGCCAACUAGCCAUAUAUUACAACCAUGGAUCCACAGACUUGCCCGUUCCAGUCGAGCUAUUCACUGGUGCAGCUGCUGGUGGGCUUGCUGGAGUACUUACAACUCCGUUAGAUGUGAUAAAAACACGUAUUCAAACAGCCACCAAUGUUUCGGACUUGAAUGAUACGUUUUCGCCAAAGAGUACUAGAAACCCCGUAGUGAAACUUCUCAAUCGAAAUGCAACGUUGAGGGCGCUAGUGUCAAUCUAUAAACACGAAGGUAUUUUAGGUGCAUUUAGUGGUGUGGGCCCGAGAUUUAUAUGGACAGGUAUCCAGAGUUCGAUUAUGUUGCUAUUGUACCAAAUAUCGUUGAAACAAUUGGAUACAAUUUUUGGUGAUGGAAAGAAGAGUUUAGAGGCUUGA